UUCAUUUACAUAUCUCUCCAAAGUUCGAAAAUUAAAUUCAAACUCAUAUAAUGAUAUGAAGGAAUAGUCCAACAACUCACAAAUAUAUAUGGCCAGUACUUAUCCCUUACAUCUCCCCUCGUUUCCACUAUCCAAGAUUCGGACCUACCUUCUGUAAAUGAAAUGGGGACCAACUUUUUUUAAUUAAACAAGAAAAAUAAAUAAAAAGGAACGAUUCCAUCAUCAUCUUCAAGUUACUAAAAUUUUAGGGUUUCAUAUUAUAAUUUAUAUUUAUGUCUACAUCUCUCUGAAUCUCUCUAUAGCUAGCCCAUUCUUUACUGCAGAAACCCUCAAGUAGUGAUUAACCUUUGUCAUUGUUACAACAUGUGAUAUUUUAUCAUCUUACAGAUUGAAAUGUACACCUAUAUGAUAACUCCAUGAAUGAUUCUACACCCAUCUUUAUAAACCUAAAAUAGCUCUACCCCAAGACACAGUAAUAGUGGAAAAAAACACAAACCCUAAAUUUGAACUUCUUAAGUUCACAACUCAUUGUAUAUAACAUUUUACACAUGUGGAUGCCAAAUAUAAGUAUAGCUCAAGAAGAAGAAGAGGGAGACGACACAUGGGAGCUAGCUCGGGCGUUCGCCGAGGAUACAAAGAGCGUCAUGGGCACAAACUGGCCACCAAGGUCUUACACUUGCACCUUCUGUAAGAGAGAGUUUAGGUCAGCUCAAGCUCUUGGUGGCCACAUGAAUGUCCAUCGCCGGGACCGCGCUCGCCUUCACCACCAGUCCGCCACUGUCCAAUACGAAACCCGGUCAGUGAGUAUGCCCACAACCAGCCAAACAUCAUCUCUCUUCUAUCAAACAGCUAAUUGUAGAAGUACUAAUGUGAAAGAGGUUAUGCCAUCUUCUGUUGGGAAUUCAUUGCCUAUUAACAGGUAUAGUGAUAAUUAUAAUGAGAUGCAAGUUAUUAAUCAUGAGGAGAAAGGAGUCAUUGAAGAGCUUGAUCUGGAGCUUCGUUUGGGACAUAUACCAACAUCAGCCUCACAUGAGAAAUUGUUUGAGAAGAAUAAUAAUGUGUCUGUUCUUAAUUUCAGAUGAUACUUGAGGUUGGGAUUUUCCUCUCUUUAAUAAAUUAUAAGAAUAUUUUUUCUU